UUCCAUUCUGAAUCUCAUUCCGCGCCCGCGCCACUCCGACUCCGCUACACUCGUCGGUUGUCGCUCGACACGUACACGACGCUAGCUCGCUCGCCGGACAAAAAUGUGUUACGGGCCAUUAGUGCACUAAGUUUCUAGUGACAGUGUUCGUGUUUUUAACGUCUAGAACCUUUCGUUUUUUCGCUCCCUUCAAGGACAUAUUAUAAAGGAUGAUGGCUCCCGAGACAGUGGUGACCGUAGACCCAAACAAGCCCUCCCCGCAGCAAGCGCCGCCGCCGCAGCAGCAGGGCGGGCCGCUAGACUGGAUCAAAAUUAACUUAGAUUACUUUAAAGCACCACCGGGAUUGUUAAAGAUCGUCCAAUUGAUCAUUGGCAUCUUGUGCAUGGCGCUGGGCUCGCCAUGGGCAUCCGCGUGGUUCGUCUUCGUCGCCGUUACCUCCUUCAUCACCACGCUUAUGUGGAGCUUUGUAUACUUACUCAGCAUCAGAGAAGCACUGAAACUACCCAUCAAUUGGGUUUUAUCUGAAUUGAUCAGCACGACUUUGGAGACGUUCUUCUAUCUGAUCGCGUUUAUAGUGAUGUUUACGACGGUGACCGGACACUACGCGAACAACGUUGCCGCGGCUGUAUUUGGCAUGUUCAACACGCUGGCGUAUGCUGCCAGUUCCUUCUUCCUGUUCAAGGAGCACAAAGCUAGCGUGGCGGCCGCCUCGUGAAAACUAUUCCCUUGCGCAGGCGCAUUAUUUUGAACAAUAUUUUGUUGUCUUUUCUUUCAAUUCACUUUAUUGAAAUCUUUUAGGGUUUCUAUUUGUACAGAAAUCAUAGUAAAUUUUUUGAAGGUUUACAUUCACUAUUCUAUAGAAACAUUUUUUCUCCUUGUAUUGCAUUUUUGUACACUAAUUAAAGAUAUAUGUAUA